GCCAUUUUGUGAGUGUGUGCUCGAUCGGGAUAUUUGUAUUGAGAGAGACUGCUGGAGCAAAAUCGAAUGAUUUAGUUUAUUGAUAGGUUCCCCGGUUAUUGUAUUACAUGUGCUAAGUGCGAAGUAUAUUUAUUGAACGUUGUCUAGGCCCAUACGAUGGAGGAGAAAGCAUCACUAAAAGAGCUCGACCAGUGGAUAGAACAAUUAAAUGAGUGCAAACAACUGACAGAAUUCCAAGUGAAAACCCUCUGCGACAAGGCAAAAGAAAUUUUAGCCAAGGAGUCAAAUGUACAGGAAGUAAGAUGUCCAGUAACAGUUUGUGGCGAUGUUCAUGGACAGUUCCAUGAUUUGAUGGAACUAUUCCGAAUAGGGGGAAAGUCACCAGACACAAAUUACCUGUUUAUGGGUGACUAUGUUGAUCGUGGUUAUUAUUCUGUUGAGACUGUUACUCUCUUGGUAGCGCUUAAGGUGAGGUACCGUGAAAGAAUAACUAUUCUACGUGGUAAUCAUGAAUCAAGACAGAUUACGCAAGUGUAUGGGUUUUAUGAUGAAUGUCUGCGUAAAUACGGAAAUGCCAACGUUUGGAAGUUCUUUACGGACUUAUUCGACUUUUUGCCCCUGACGGCACUGGUCGACGGCCAGAUAUUCUGCCUUCAUGGUGGUCUUUCACCCUCGAUUGAUACCCUGGAUCACAUUCGUGCCCUAGACCGCCUUCAGGAGGUUCCUCAUGAGGGACCUAUGUGUGAUCUUUUAUGGUCUGACCCUGAUGAUAGAGGAGGGUGGGGAAUUUCUCCUCGUGGUGCGGGCUAUACCUUUGGCCAAGAUAUUUCUGAAACAUUUAAUCACUCCAAUGGCUUGACGCUUGUAUCUCGAGCCCAUCAAUUAGUUAUGGAGGGUUAUAAUUGGUGUCAUGAUCGCAAUGUAGUAACUAUAUUCUCAGCACCCAAUUAUUGCUAUCGCUGUGGGAAUCAAGCUGCGAUUAUGGAACUGGAUGAUGCAUUGAAAUAUUCAUUCCUUCAGUUUGACCCAGCACCAAGGCGUGGAGAACCACACGUCACUAGACGGACGCCAGAUUACUUCCUGUAAGCUCUUGGAAGUAGUGGUUAAGGUAGGGGAACGGAACGAUGCUGGCUUUAUAGCGAUGCCACAUAACAUAACCUGUAAUAGAACAUCGGUACGAGUGUAAGGCCCCAAGCUGUUCUUACACGCCUUAUAUAGUAUCAAGUAUUAUACCAUGGCUCACUUUACGAUGUCUCGCUGGGAGACGAAGCGCGCUCGCAUACAAACCAUACAUUCUGACACGACCACACUUGUACACACAAUUGAAGUAAUGUACUUAUGUACCGAUUAAAUUCAUCAAAAGCAUUCAGUUUUACAUCUUUUGGUAAGUCAGUUAUAUUUUUACCACGAAACGUAUAGGAACAGGUUUGAAUGUGAUCGUUACUGUAAACAAAAUGUUCUGAAGGGCGAACGCUAACUUAUUGUAAGUUGUCUGUCAAACCAAGAAUUAAAUCAUCAAACGAUCUUGAGGAAAAAGUUACGUUUUCCAAUGUGUCGGGAUUCACGUAUAAAAGUUAUAAUUUGUAAUCGGAGGUGUGUCACAUUACGGCUGUUUGAAUAGAACAUGAAAUGUUCCACUUAGAGGUCGUACGAGAAGGGUUGAUGCAAUAGUGAGUUGGCCAACAUGCGGAAACUCAAAGCAUUUAAGAACAGAAAUAUUAUUUCCUCAUGCUCAUCCGUGUCUAGAGUGAAAAUAAGAUUUCUGAGAAGGCACACUUGCAAGCAACUCUGACUCUACGUAGUAAUUUAUAACAACGAUGGGUCCAUGAUAAAAUUUCUGAUUAAUUUCAUUCGUGCAUAUAAGAUUAUACCGUAAGAUACUUACAAAGUAUUUGCAAAUCUUUAUAUUACUUUCUGUGUUCCAGCUUGUUCAAUAACUUGAUUUAAUAUAUCAGUUCUCGUACAAAAGAGUGGAACUUUUCCUUUCCGUUUCCUGUUUCCUAUUGUUCUGUUCUUCGAUCGAAGAAUUAAGUACAUAGCCUAUCGUCAGUAGAAGUCUAUCGAUGUCCACAUCAUGCAACCAAUGUAUAUACCUUCAAAGAAUGUGUACUCGAAAGCCUACUUUUAUAUGCACGAAUAUCAGAUUCUAGUAAUAAUCAGCCAUUUUUUUAAAGGAGAUUACACUCUUGCAUCAAACCUUGAGAAUUAAUGCGAAACACGCAAAUGAUAUAUAAACUCACCGUUAUGGAAAUUGAAAAUGAUUUACGCGUGACGACAUCGAUGAUCUUUUUACUAAUUAAUAUAAUAAAAUGAUGCUUCUGGUAAAUAAAAGUAUGUAAUGCAAGCCAAAUGAACCUACGUGUUGUGUCAAAUCAUUCGUACUCGUUGGUUCGACUAUCUUGUGUACAUGAACAUCCGAAAAUAUAGAGAUGUAUUCGUAGAAAUAAGCAUGAAAUUGAAUAUAUGCAUAAUGAGUAACUAAAGUAGUGCUCCUAGAAUGGUGGCUUUCAUAUAAUUAUUAUACAAAGUUGAGGCGAACGUGAAAUCAGUAGAUGCACUUUCUAGUAAUUUGUUAAGACUGUAAAUCUAAAGCGUAGCACGGAAAUCGAAUGUCCCAAGUAUCGCAUCUCCAUUCUGCACGAUGCAGGCUGAGCAUUUUCUUACUUUAUAUUACUCUACAAACGUACUUGCUGAAUUAUACUAAUAUAAGAAUAAAAUUUCCUAGACAGGAGGAAAAAAAACAACUCGUAGUAUUAUUAUACGGUUGGAUGAGUUAAUAGCCGUACCUCUUAUACAUACAUUAAUUGAAUAAUAGAUUCUAGAAAUUGUAUAGAUCAUUUUGUAUUUGCACCAUUUAUUGUCUGUUUCGACAUAUUCAUGCCAUAAACAAUCUUCGAAAAAUCAGCCAAACCUGUAAACAGAUACUUUUGUUGUACAUCUUCGUGACGCGUAUUUCAAAAUAUGUUUAUGAUUUUUACAUUCAUUAAAGACGUGUAUCCAAAAAUAUUUAAUUAAUGUGUCGAA